UGUCCACGAGGUUGCUCGCACGGGCCUGGCGCCUUCCUCUUGUACUCACCCCUCUCUUGCACCUGGCUCACCACGUUUAGUGCAUUACCAGAAACCCGUACCCGGGUGACCGAGCCACUAGUUGAGAUGGAUAAUUCUGCGUAUGUGCCGAAUCAUCUACCGCCGCCAUCCCUGGUCGUGUUUUCACAGGCCGGGGGGCUGCCGGAGGCUCUGAGAAUGCAAAGACCCUUCAAUCCACAAGUGACCGACUCGAAGGAUCUCCAAGUGCCGUUCAGCACUGCGGCUUCUCUGGGUUACGGCCUCCAUCAUAUGCUCCACUUGCCGCCGCAAUUUUUGCACCCUUUGGAUCACCGUUUACCGUUCGGAGGGUUCAGGCCCCUGGGGCCAUCGGCUUUCGCUCCGCCGAGCAAGUGUCUGAAAGUAGAAACAGGAAACGGUCCGGUCACCGGUUCCGGUUUGCCAAGUAUCGGCUCAUUGUCGAGCAUGUCGAACAUGUUCUCGCCUUCGUCGUUGUCCUCUGCCAGCGGAGGCGCCGUUGUCUCUGUUUCUGGAGCGUCGGCGAGCAUCGGAGGCGUCGGAGGCGUCGGAGGCGUCGGAGGAGGUGCGAGCGCGGCAGCAGCACAGGAAGUCGCACCGCAGAGUCCCGCUGGCUCUACCAGCCGAUCGCCUACAGGGACCGGAACCGGUUCGGUUCCUAAUCGCGGCACCACUCCGGAGGACGAGGAUCGCGAUGCGAAUGCCACGCCUGGGUCCGAGAACACGGAAAGAUCUACGCCCGAGGAGGGACGACCGUAUCGACUGGGGCCUGUGUUCGGGGGCCGAUGCGGCGCGGAGGCGCUCGGGCUGGGGUUAGGGCUGUCGCUGGGCCCGGCCUACAGGUUCGCUCUGCCCCCGGGACUCGCUGCCAAGACCACCCGCUGCCUUGUAUUCGACCAAGGCAAAAAGAAAUUUCCAUCGGAUCCGUCCUGUUGCCCAGCGUGCGGAGUAACUGUAAGGCCGCAGGAAUUGGAGCAACAUUUCGCUCAGGAACUCGACCGACUUUACAAGAUAUCGUCGGCAUCCUCUCGAGCGCGAGCGCCAAGGUCGAGUUUGCCUCCUGGCCAUCCUCAAGACCAUCCCCAUGGACCGAUGCUCCAUGCCCCAUCAGCCGCUGAUGGAACGCCUCAUGGAAGAUGGGAGACUUACAAGAGAAUUAAAGCCAAUAGACAGGCCAGAAUCCGUGUGAAGAACCGGAAACGGAAAGCGGAUGAACCUUCUUGCCCCGUUUGUAGCGAGAGGCUAUCUGGCACGCCGGAGGAAUUGAAUCAGCACGUCGAACGAUGCUUGAACAAACACAAUAAUGGAAAUCCCGCUGGUCAGAAUAAUUUGGACGAAGAGGAGGUGGACGUGGAGGGCGAUGCUGAAACUUUCGAAGAGUAUGAAUGGGCUGGUCAAAGAAGAGUGCGAGCAACGUCGAUGCUUGUCGGAGGAUUUUCUGCUGCAGGUUUGGCGACCUCAUCGAGCAAUCGUUCAGCCGCUGGCAACGGUGGAUCUAAUCAGCAGGAAGAGGAAGACGUGGACCUGGUGGUCGAUGGCGACGACGCCGCCGAGUUUGGACCUGCACAGUAUUCCGAAGCUGAUGUGAUCGCGCCACGUAUGGAUGGCACGCCGAGAGAGCAAAAGGAAAGAGACGCUCUUCGAGAAGCCGUGAUAUCGCCAAACGCGUCCAACACGCCUCACACGCCGCACACGCCCGAACAAAUCGGUCAAGGUUUGGUCGAGGUGAAACCGGAACCAGGAACGGCAACUCCUCUUGGCCAGAACGAACAAGACGAGAGUGCCUCGACGUCGCCUAGAAGGGACGGUGACACGCCAGUGAUCGAGGCUCUUCGAGGCAGAAUUCGGGAAUUAGAAGCGGAAAUGCGUGGCCAACCAUUUAAGUGUCUCAUUUGCAUGGAACAGUAUAAAAAACCUGUGACUUCGGUUUGCUGCUGGCACGUUCAUUGCGAACAAUGCUGGUUGCACACAUUGGGUGCGAAAAAGCUGUGUCCACAAUGCAACAUGAUAACGUCGCCUUCAGAUUUGCGACGUAUCUACAUGUGAAGGAAGUCGCGUGUGCCAAACAAGAAAUUGGGUUGUCCGUAGAAAAAUAAUGGUCGAUUUUUUGCCAAAGAAUCGACGCGUUUCGAUAUGACUCGAUCGUGUAAAUAUCUGUAUAUAUUUAUGCGUCACGUUAAAUUAACUCCUUCUAGAUUUACCACGUACGAAUUAUGCACUUAGUAGCGUUAGUAAGUUAAGCCGUGAAAGGCGCGCGCGAAUCAUGUCUCGAUCAUGCUUUAUCGCUCGUCGCGCAGACCAAUUUUCAUCCUGCUAUAAUAUAUAGAAAUAUAAAUAGAAAAAUAUUUCCUCCUCUGAUAAGUUAUUAUAUAAUGUUAGUAGACAAGUAUACGCUACGCUACUCUUCGCAAGUAUUUGGACACCUGCAAUUCGAUCAAAAAGUUCAUAUUUUUUAUUUCCAAUCAUAUGAACAACGUUUCUCUAUUCUUCGCCAUUUUUCUCUUCUCAUAGGAGGCAAAUUAUGUUUAAACAAUUAUCGCGAAGAUAUUUCCUUUCGUCUAUGAGAAAUUGAAAAUUAAACGAAGAAUAGUUAUAAUUAUUUAAUUUCCUAUACUUUUAAUCGUUCCUCUUUAAUUUGUAAUAGUUGACAAUUAUUUUCUUCGUUGAGAUGAAAAUCUUCACUCUUUUUCUCUUCUCGUAGGAGGCAAAUUAUAUUAAAACAAUUAUCGCGAAGAUAUUUUCUUUUGUCUAUACGAGCAAUAUAUCUGCGUCACGUAAGUUCAAUGUUGACCUAUAACGAAUAAUUAUAAUUAUUUAAUUUCCUAUACUUUUAAUCGUUCCUCUUUAAUUCGUAAUAGUUGACAAUUAUUUUCUUCGUUGAGAUAAAAAUCUGCACUCUUUUUCUCUUCUCAUAGGAGGCAAAUUAUAUUAAAACACUUAAUUAUCGCGAAGAUAUUUUCUUCCGUCUAUGAGAAAUUGAAAAUAAAACGAGGAAUAUAUCUGCGUCACAUAAAUUCAAUGUUGACCUAUAACGAAUAAUUAUAAUUAUUUAAUUUCCUAUACUUUUAAUCGUUCCUCUUUAAUUCGUAAUAGUUGACAAUUAUUUUCUUCGUUGAGAUAAAAAUCUUCACUCUUUUUCUCUUCUCAUAGGAGGCAAAUUAUAUUAAAACAAUUAUCGCGAAGAUAUUUUCUUCCGUCUAUGAGAAAUUGAAAAUAAAACGAGGAAUAUAUCUGCGUCACAUAAAUUCAAUGUUGACCUGUAAUGAAUAAUUAUAAUUAUUUAAUUUCUCAUACUUUUAAUCGUUCCUCUUUAAUUCGUAAUAGUUGACAAUUAUUUUCUUCGUUGAGAUAAAAAUCUGCACUCUUUUUCUCUUCUCAUAGGAGGCAAAUUAUAUUAAAACACUUAAUUAUCGCGAAGAUAUUUUCUUCCGUCUAUGAGAAAUUGAAAAUAAAACGAGGAAUAUAUCUGCGUCACAUAAAUUCAAUGUUGACCUCUGAUGAAUAAUUAUAACUAUUUAAUUUCCUAUACUUUUAAUCGUUCCUCUUUCAUUUACAAUAGUUAACAAUUAUCUUCUUCUGUUAACUGUAAUAUGGUUGCGUAAAGUAAGAUCAAAAUUACAUUAAAAAGUUGCAAUUGAAAAACUUAUUUUCUAUAUAAAUAGAAUUAUUAUAUUAUUUCUAACAUAAUAAUAUAAAUAUAAUAUAUAUAUAUAUUAUUAUAUAUUAUUCUAUAAAUAUGCAAUGAUUUGUGUCCAAAUAUUUAUCUACGGUAGCGCACGUUAUUUUGCGCGAUACUUAUGUCCAGACUUAAGAAUCGAAUGAGAGACAUUUAGAAUAUUACGAACACAGAUAUUCGAACAAUUUAAUUAUAAUAUAUUAUUAUUAAUCGUUUCAUCUAGUUUCGCUGUAUAGUUUCAAAUAAUUAAGAAAUUUGUUAAAAGGAGGAAUGCUUGCAGUAAAACCGAACUUUUACACUCGAUCGUCGAUCGAUUAAAGUUCGAGGAUACGUCAUCGCAAGCAUCUUCGUCGAAUCUGCUCCUAAUCGAAGACUAUUCGCGCGUACCUGAAAUUCCUAGGUGUCAUUUCGAACGACUAACGUCUACAUUAAAGUCGCCCCUUUUCGCCGGAUCUACCGUUUUUCUCUUGAAACAAUGUAUCUGUGUCUACGAUUCAUCGAGUUCAAUUUACAAAGACGAAUAUUAUGUAUGUGUAAAAUAUAAUCGACAACUUUGUUAAAUCAGCUAAUUCCAGUAGGCUUUCCGUAACCGUGAAAGAGGACAAAGAAAAUAGUCGGAAAUUAUCGUAUUUAAGAUACGAGCAGCACUCAUCAACACUACGUGCAAACACCAGUCUCUUAAACGUUUAUUACAAAUAUACAGCAGUCUGUUGUUGCAAUCUUCUUUUAAUCCGAACCGAUUAAUUUAAUUGGAGGCGCACAAAGGAUAUGGAAAAAUGUGAAGAAAAAUAACGACGAGUAUACAUUUUGUUUCUAAUGUAUAAUAUGUAACAUUCAUUCAUACUGUAUGCGACUUAGACAAAACACUACACGAUGAUAAGAGCAGGCAAUAUUAAUUUUCUCAUUAGGUUUAAUUAUUUUUUUAUUUUUAUCCAUGCAAACGUAUAUUUAUUCUAUUUUAUCAGCAAUAAAGAACAAUUUAUUAUCGAUAGUAUCUGUUUGAAAAAAAAAAAAGAAGAAGAAGAAGCUAGAUUUUAUAUUAUUUAUAGUAUGUUUCCGAUCGUUACCAGGGUUCAAUCGUCCAUUUUUCCAAAUACAAAUUUCCCUUCAGGAAUACCUCUUUAAUUGUCUACGAUCAAUAGAAUAUUCUUAAUGGACGAUUAAUUCGUUGUACGGAUAAGAUGCACGUUAGAAAGGAACGAAUUAAGAAAGCAAUAUACGAGGUGAACUUGGAUUUUUUUUUUUAAUUUCCGUUGUAAAAUACGCACUGUUUGCAGGCUAUGGCGAAAUCGAUAAAUCACAAGACGAUACACCAGCGUAAUCCAAUCGACCAAAGUUACGAUACAAACAAAAAAAGUGGAUAAGUUAAUAAUUGAUAUCUAUUAAAACGAAUAACGCAAGCUCGCCUGUUUUUCCCUUGUCUUAUGCAUGUUAAAACGGAAGGGACGUUGUUUAUUUUGACUAGAAAAAUUCGCGGAGGAAAGUACGAAGAGGGAGAGAAUAAAGAAACGCAGAUGAGAAAGGAAGGGAAAGACGGACCAACGUGUAUAUCACGAUCGAUCUUCUUUCAGAAGAUUCGUCUCUUAUUUUCUAAGUAUAUUAUUCUUCCAUCUCCUAAAUCAUUGAUACAAUGAUCAGCGAUUAAGCGAAAAAUGAGGAAACAUUAAAAACGAAAAAUUGUUUGACGUUGAGAAGACGAAUAAUUCGACUGGACGCGUGGCUCGACGAAUUUUCUUAUUAAAGAAUAUAUUAAGAAUUUUCUUAUUAAUAUCCAGCUUUCCUAAUAUUUCAUAUUAUAAUUAUCAGUUACAAAUUUUCUUUCGUCGCUUCUUCCACGUUCGAAGCACCAAAAUUUAACGACUGAAACAUUCGACGCGCGUCCAAUCGAAUUUUGUCAAUCGUUGUUGGCAAAACGUACGGGGAAAUGAACUUUCGAUAAGCAAAUUAUCUUUGUUUCGAAGCGAAGUAUACAGGUCGAUCGACUGCAGUGAUACGCACAAGUGCAAGCUGGUCAAUGUUUCUUAAAACAAUAGAAACGUCCGAAUUUUCUCUUCUUCUGCCUCUCUGUCUCUCUUGAUCAAGAUUUUAGACCGCUGCGUGUCCCCUCGUGCACGCCGAGAAAGUUCUUGUAAAUACAUACAGAAACCGAGUUAAAACCAGCAGGAGAAAUCGGCUCCCCGUUGCGAGCGUUGUUCUGUAAUCGAAAUAAAACGAUCAUGGAAUGUAGAA